CCACGUGACGUCAGCCUUAACGAGAUUACGCUGGCAGUCGCGGGACCCUCUGCCGUAGCUCGCCACCAGCCAGCCAGUCAAGAUGGCAACGUCGGCGCGAGCGCACCCCCUGCUGCUGCUGGCCGUUCUCCUGCUCUGCACAGCAGUCCAGGCAAAAGACUACAAAGUAACACAUCAAGUAUACUUUGAUAUAACUCAUGGAGAUGAAGAUCUUGGCAGAAUAGUAAUUGGGCUCUUUGGAGGCAUUGCACCAAAGACAGUUAAAAAUUUUGUUACUAUUGCCACAAAAGGAGUUGAUGGUAAAACGUAUGCUGGCUCAGGAUUCCACAGAGUGAUUAGGAAGUUUAUGAUUCAAGGUGGUGACAUAGUAAACCAUGAUGGUACUGGAUCAACAAGUAUUUAUGGAAAAUAUUUUGAUGAUGAAGGCUUUGAGUUGACACACAGUGGGCCAGGAUUUAUUAGUAUGGCUAAUGCAGGUAAAAAUACAAAUGGUUGUCAAUUCUUCAUAACAACUGUUCCAACACCCUGGCUUGACGGACAUCACACCAUAUUUGGCAAAGUUGUCACUGGUCAAAAUGUUGUUCACAUGAUAGAACAUGUUCCUACUGAUUCGAAUGACCGUCCACUGAAGCCAGUUACAAUCAAAGAAUCAGGCACCAUAGACACACCUGAGCCAUUUACUAUCACUGAUGAUCUUUAUGAGUAAUUAUAAAUAUCAGCAUUCCUACAUACUGCAUAGAUGGUUGAUACCACCUGUAGAAAUUAAUCUUUAGAUGUGCAUUGAAUGUUAUAAUGCUAUAUUUCUGUAUCUGAGUGGCUGUGAACUAUAUUGCAGAUUGUGUGUUAGUUCAGGAUGCAGUGUGAUUUCCAUGUAUAACUGCUUCAGUAUACAUCUACAUGCAGUAUCAAAACUCCUUGCACAAACUAGUCACCAAAUAGCUGCAUGUUGUUCUGCAUGUUUCCAAGGCUUGUAAGCAACUGUGAUGUCAUUUUUAAUAAUUGUUCCUACACUUAUAAAUUUCUAGAAUUCCAUGGCAUAAGUAUUGUUAGUUUCUUAUAGUUGCCUGAAAAUUCUUUUCUGGUUCUACAUUCGUCUUCUGUAAAUUUGUGAGACAAUGAAUCAUUUGCAAAAUUCAUUUGUUACAUAUUUCAGUCAUUAAUAAUUUAUGAGCAUAUAUCUAGAAAAUAUAAUACUUAAAACCAGUAGAAAUGACCCUCAUAUAAAUUUUCCUACAUUCCUCUUUCUUCGCUUCUGAACCGCUAAAUUGUAUACACAAAAUACGCAAUGUUUUGGUUUGCAAAAGUUGCUUUAACUGUGAGUGUGGACACAAGCUAGUGAGUUUCAACUGAACAAAUGAAAAACAAAAUGUGCCAGACAUACAUUUACUAGUUUCCACGCAUGCACACAUACAAAAUCAUUUCUGGCUUUUUAGAUAAUGAUUUACCCACAUAAACAUUAUUUAAUGUCAAACUUUAUUUAAUGCAAGUCUAUGAUUUCUUUUGCAUGCUGCAGUCUCUGGGCAUGGAUCAAAGCAUCUGCAGUGCCUCUGUUCUUCUCGUUUUCUGUUCUGUCUUUUUUCCACUGGAUGAUAAAAAAACUGAACGUUUAAAUAUUUAGGAAACGUAGGUUGCAAAAAAAGUUAGGAGCAUGUUUUGUAGAGCUGUGCAUACAAAAGCAAAUAGUUUUUCACUUUCACUUUCAUGGAAAUAAGUGAUAAUAAUCAUGGCAAGAUGUUUGGAACAGUAUGAUUGGAUUGCUCUUGUUUUAUAAUAGUUUUUGAAGGAAGAUUUAAUUUCUUUUACAGAUGUAUUCUAAGCUGUUGUAUUUUUUAUUUGUGCAAUAACUUUCAUAAUAUAUUCUUUUCUUUCUUGAGAAAACUUUGCAUCUAAAAACCAUCUUGAAGAUAAUUUCUUACAGGCUUGUAAAUUAUUCACAAUCUGUUCAGAUGAACAUGCUUCCUUAAAGUAGAGUAUUGUUUAUUUUUAAACAGUACCAACAAUAUAAUUGAAUAAUGUUUUCAUAUAUAAUCACUAACUCUGAAAAUUAAGGAAGUUGUUACUAACAAACUGCUAUGUGUUGAGAAGCAGAUGCUCAGAAGGAAAAAGACUGCAAUUUUUCAGUGAAACAGGGCAGAGAAAGCUAAUUUAAUUUUUCAUUUAUCCAAUUCAUUUUACAUUUGCUUAUUAAUAUGGUUCUAAGACAUUUUCUGAAUAUGAGCCCAAGGAAAUUCCAAAGAGAGGAAGAAAAGUAAGAGUGAAUCUUAUAUAAAUAUUCAGACUGUGACUUAGAUGCCUGUACAAAACAAAUAACAGGCACAUAAAAGUAAAAGUAUCAUACAGCAGAAUAAUUAAUUCCACACUUAGUAAUUUCUGUAGAAUCAGACUUAUCAGUGACAAAUUUGUAUGAAAAACAAGGAUAGAGUUUUUGAUAGUUAUAAGUUUUCUCAAGACUUUUUGUGGUUAAGAACAUUCUUCAGUUUUAAUUUGAUACAUUGUGACACAAACCUAUAUAAAAGAUUUUUGUAGCAAUCAGAGCUUUAAACUAUGAUUUAAUAAUGUGUUUAUAACACACAAAAUUAAAAUAUUUUUCCUUUGUAAUUAGGUAUGUAAAUGAAAAUGUGAUAUUUAGUUCUAUUUAUCUCCAGUUCCAGCAGAAAUUCCAUUCCACCAGUCUUCCAGCAAGUUAACAAACCCUCUUAGGAUAUGAGUUUUUAUACUAUUUCUACAACAUGUAAAUGUAUAUAUUAAAAUGAUUUGCAUUAAAGUAAUGCACAAUUUGAUGACAAGAAAA